UGCGAUCUUUUGGAGAGCUUCACAAGCUGUUGGAUAUGGAAGUGGCUAAGAACGUGGCUGUUGAAGACGUUUGCAACGGUGGUGGGAAUUCUUCUCAUUCAUGGCCUAGUCAGUGUCAGAACAUGUUUGGCAACCUGUUGAUUGCGCAGUGGGAGAAGUGUGGCGAGAAGGGUUUGUACCGCUAUGACAUCACACAAUGCCAGACAAAGGUAAGUUUGUUGAUCCCGGGUGAUUAUGGGUUUGUGUGACAUUGGUUGGUUAAUUGGUUGUUUGCGGUUUACUACUGACGAUUAUUUCUGGCGCAGCUGAAUGAGCGACG